AUUAGCACGCUAUCCCCUACAAAUUAAAUCCAUAUAACGAGAAACAUAGAAGGUGGCCAAGGUAAUGGACAACGAAGAUCAUAGAGGAAGAAGAGAGAACAAAUAUCGAGGCAUACGACGAAGACCAUGGGGAAAAUAUGCAGCGGAGAUACGUGAUCCUAAUAGAAAUGGCACACGUCUCUGGCUAGGUACUUUUGAAACAGCUGAAGAGGCGGCCCGAGCUUAUGAUCGGACCGCUUUUUCUCUGAGGGGCCAUCAGGCCAUCCUCAACUUCCCUAACGAUGGACAUUAUCAUACCAAUAAUCAUACUAAUGUACCUCUAGGUCCUGGACCAAGCUACACUUCCUCGAUGGGAAACGUGCACGUGUCAUCAUCUUCUUCUUCUUCUUCAACUACUAGUUCUCAUCAUCAACAAGAGGAUGUGAGAUUGGAGGGACAUGAAAAUGGAGAGAAGGUUGAAUUUGAGUAUUUGGACAAUAAUCUUCUCGACGAGCUUCUUGGCUCACAAGUUCAUUGUCAGGCUAAUAAACGGCCCAAGUUUUAGAUUGUUUCGAAAAGCUUGAAAUGUUUAGGCCCUUUAUGGACCUUCUUAAUCUGUUAGUUGCAUGUUAUUUCCAAUUCCUUUAAUUUUUUUCUACUACUUAAUUUUACGUCCAACUUGCUUUGCUAUAUCUGUUGUAUUUUAUCAUGAUCAUUUAUUUCUAUACUCAUAAGUUAAGAGGAUGAUCCAAAUGUUUUGACAGAGACAUAUAACCCCUAAUUGAUAACCCUCUUUUUAUGUACUGA